GACCAGGUGCGCUACAGUAACUUUGUCAUGCAAAUGCUGGAGGCCGGUCUGGUCACCAUACGUGCUGAGCGCCCUGCCACGGUUGGCAUCUUCUUCGCGGCGAAGAAGGACGGGCGCUUGCGCAUGAUUUUGGACACCAGAGCGGUCAGCGACCUCUUCGAAGAGCCGGCGCGCUCGCGCCUGCCGACUCCCGCGUCAUGGGCCUCCGUCGAGAUCGGGCUCACAGACGACCUCAUCCUGUUCCAGAUGGACGUCGACAGCGCCUUUUACCGUUGCAAGCUGGGCGCAGCCGCGACUGGCUACGUCACGCCCCACCCUGAGGUCAUGGCCAUGGGCUGGUCGUGGGCUCUGUACUUCUGCCAGGCGAUGGCGACGGCCAGCGCGCUCCGUGCGGGCGUGCCGUCAGAGGCCUUCGUGCUUGACAGGAAGCCCGCGCCCGACAUCGCUGGCGACAGGUUCGGGGCGGCGAUCUACGUCGACAACGCGGGGGUCAUUGGCACCAGCGACGACGUCGUCAGGGACAUGGCCAAGAAGCUAUGCGCCCAGCUCGCCGCGGACGGGCUCCAGUGCAAGGAUCUCGAGCACGGCCUGCCCGAGGCCCAGUUCACGGGCAUGACGCUCGACCGGGCCACUGGACGCAUUUCAGUCGGCCACCGCCGAUGCUGGAAAGUGCGCCUUGCCAUCGCGGCUAUCGUCGAGGACGGGUUCGUCUCGGGGGGAGAAUUGCAUCGCAUUGUAGGGCACUUCACCUGGUCGGCCAUCUUGAGAAGAUGCCUACUCAGCAUUCCGCACUCGAUCUAUCGCUUCAUAGAUGUGGCUGGCGACUCGCGUCUCAGGAUCUGGCCCGCGGUAGCCCGGGAGCUCCGUUGGAUGAUGGUGCUGCUUUUGGCCUACGCGGACAGCAAGAGGCCUUGGAGCACGCAGGUCGUCGCGACGGACUCCGAGGGCGCCAGCGUCGCGGACAACGGCGGGUUCGGCAUCGUAGUUAAGCCCUUCGGCCUCCGCACAGUGAGAGAGCGGGGCCGGCAGAGCGAGCGCUGGAGGUUCGCGGUUGCGGACGCUGCGCAGGCCCGCCGCCGCGCCUUGGCUUCCGAUGCGGAGCCAUCGGGCGCGCCGCGGCCGUGCGAGGGGGCUCUACCAGAUGAGCUCCCUCCCGAGCUCAUGGACAUCAGGCGUGAGAGUACCGGCCCAGAGGCGCGUGCCUCGCUUCAGGCUGCUGUCGAGGCACUUGCCCAGGCCAGCGGCGACCCGGGCGCUCCGCCCGAGUUCGAUGACGGGCUGUGGCGACCAGGCGGCGGACCUUACACGUUGGGGCCAUCAAGCACUUGGCGCGACUGGUUUGGCGAGGACUUCGACUCAGAUAGUGACGACUCGGAGGCUGCUGUCCUCUCCGACACAGCCUCCGCCUGCGCGGAGGACCAUGCUUCGAGGGCGCGCAGUUUCGGCCAGUACUUCUGGGGGGUGAACGAGGUGACGCGUCUUUCUGCCAUGAUGUACGACAAGUACUUGCAGGACUUCCAGACCUGGGCCAGCGAGGACAGCCCUCUCGCGAUGCACGAGUACCUGGAGGACCUCUGCUUCAAAGGCCACAACCACGAGAGGGUGAUCGCGGCACUGGAGCACAGGGCCACGGGCAUUCGCAGCGCGAAGGUCAUCGAGCGGGCCAAGAACACGCUGGAGGGUCUCAGGAGGCUCAAGAUCUGGGCGCUGGUGCUGGCGCCCGAGGAGGAGGGCGUCUCCACGAAGACCAAGGAGUCCGACGAGAGCAUCAUGCGGGACAGCCCGGAGCUGGUCUGCCUCUACCCAAGCCGCUCAACCUGGAGGAAGCGCUCAGGCCUGGGCAAGGCGUGGUCCUUCGCUUAUCUGAAGUUCUCGCGCCUGUUCAAGCGCGUGGCGGGGGCUGCCGGCCUAGGCCAGGCCAACUUCUACCCGUGCAUGAUGCGGCACGGGGGCGACAGCUACGAUGUACUCCGGCAGACCCGCUUCUUGAAGGAGAUCCUGCAUGCAAGAGUUCUGAAGUCGCUAGAGUGCCUGCCCAUGCCGGUGCGGCACUACGGCCUGGCCAUCGAGGGCCAGCUGAAGGUGCUGCUGGCCCUGCAG